UGAAUACCACGUAAGUCGACGACUUGACCAGACAGGACUCCUGGUUUUAGAUGAUAUUAAUGACCGAAUAGUGUUUAUUUGACAACAUCAUUCGAAAUGCCAGAUACUAAGUUUGGAGAAGUAACUUUAGAUGCACACAACCGGUAUCGAAAACAGCAUGGGGUGCAGGAACUGAACUGGUCGGACGAUCUAGCGUCUGUAGCACAACGAUGGGCAGACGGUAUAUCAGAGCGAGGCUACCUCCAGAAUAGUGAUAAUGCAGUGAUAGGAGAAAACAUUUUCAUGUCUGACGAGGACUUACCUGGGGAUGCCAUUUCCGAAUUGUGGUACAAUGAAGGAGAGUGUUAUGAUUAUGACAAUCCGGGAUGGAAUAAAGAUUGCCGUCAUUUUACUCAGAUGAUUUGGAGGACGAGCACUGAGAUUGGUGUCGGCAAGGCUAAGAUGAAGAAUUCAAAUCGAUACAUUGUGGUCGUUAACUAUAAGCCUGCUGGCAAUGGUAAUCUACCCAGGGAAUUUAAGAAAAACGUGCAGCCCGUCACUCAAUAAACAAAUAUGCAAACAACAAAUUUAAACUCUUGAAACGAUACUCAAUAUUAGCAAUGAGCACCCUCUAUCGACAAACCUGAGAAAACGAGUUCGUGUUGUUUUUAAUUUCAUAGAUUUAUUGUUUGGUUGCUGCAAAGUAAUCCCAUAAACCGUCACGAGUAGAUAUAUUCAAACUAUUACUGUCUGU